AUGUCGAAGAGAGAUAUGGAGAGCGAAUUCAGCAAUGCUUUUCCUGAAUCAUGUGCCAUGAAAGGAGGGGAGGGUCCUCACAGCUAUGCUCAAAACUCAACCUUCCAGAGAUCAGCAAUUGAAGCAGCCAAAAAGCUUCUCCAAAGUGCAGUAACUGAUCACUUUGACUUGAAAACAACUUGUGGUUCUCCUGAAAACCAAAUUCGCAUAGCAGACUUUGGUUGUUCCACUGGGCCAAACACCUUCAUUGCAGCACAAAACAUAAUAGAAGCAGUACAACUCAAAUACCAAUCUCAAUCUCAAAAUCAAAGCACCCCAGAAUUCUUGGUUUUCUUCAAUGAUCAAGCGUCAAAUGAUUUCAACACUCUCUUUCAGAAACUUCCUCCCAAUAGAAACUACUUUGCAGCUGGAGUUCCUGGCUCUUUCUAUGGACGUUUAUUUCCAAGUCAAAGCCUGCAUUUAGUUCACUCAUCUUCAUCAUUGUCCUGGUUAUCUAAGAUGCCCAAAGAGCUUACUGAUAGAAACUGUGGUGCUUGGAAUAAGGGAAGGAUUUUCUAUACUAAUGCUCCAAAAGAAGUUGAAGAUGCUUAUAAGGGACAGUUUAAGAUGGAUUUGGCGACCUUUUUACAAGCCAGAGCACAAGAACUGGUGGGCAAUGGGAUAAUGAUACUUCUGAUACCUGCUGCUCAUGACGUGAUUGAUUUUAGUGUGGACUUGUAUGGUGGAAAAGAUUAUGAAGUUUUGGGAAGCUGUCUCAUGGACAUGGCGAAACUGGGACUUAUAAGUGAAGAAAAAGUGGACACUUUUAAUGUGCCCACAUAUUUUCCACGGCUGAAGGAUCUGAAGAAAAUGCUUGAGAGUAAUGAAGAUUUGAGUGUAGAGAAAAUGGAUCUAUUAGAUGGCAAUAACUUGAUAAUUGAGCCAAACUUGGGCAGACAUGUUUCUCAAUGCCGAGCUGCUUUCGAAGUGUUAAUUGAGAAGCACUUUGGUGAUGGAAUUGUUGAUGAACUUUUUGAUCGCUUUGCUCAGAAACUUAUGAAAUCCCCACAACUCAUGAUGUAUCCCCAGAAGCUCAAACUUGUUAUGCUUUUUGUUGUUCUCAAGCGCAAGGUGUGAGCAUAGACAUAGAUGAUUAAGAUAUUAGUUAUUCUCUCAUGAUGAUGAUGAGCUUAAUUAUGAUGAUAAUGCAAUGCUGCUUUUAUUCCCUUGUUGGACUUAAUAAUUAUCAUGAAUGGUAGUGAGACUGUGAAGGUGACAUAUAUUGUCUAAUGUUUUUAGAGUUUGUUAUAUAAUUUUGUGGUAA